CAGAGGCUAUGGUCUCUACUCUCUAAAGUCAUCUAAGAGAAAGAGAGAGAAAUGAGUAUUCGAAUUUGUAGUUCCCCUUUACAUCCAAGCUUCGCGCUUCGACCUCGCGCCCAAAUCGCCGCGAGGUCUUUACGAAUCGUCGCUCGUGCAGAAAACGAUUCUUCACGAUCAAAGACAUCUGAUCAGCAACAGCUCAACCUUUCCGUUCUUCGCUUCACUUUCGGGAUUCCUGGGCUUGACGAAUCUUAUCUACCGAGAUGGAUCGGGUACGGGUUUGGAUCUCUUCUUCUUCUCAACCAUUUAUCAGCUUCAGGUCCAACCAGCGAAUCUCAGCUGAGAUCAGAGGCUUUGGGUUUAUCACUUGCUGCAUUUUCCAUAGCCUUACCUUACAUUGGAAAACUCCUCAAGGGCUCUGAAGUAGAGCAGAGAACUCUCCCUGAGGAUGGAGAGCAGGUUUUUGUGAUAUCACCAAAUAUUGGAGAGUCUUUGAAGGAGGAGUUAGCAUGGGCAACAUAUGUUUUGUUGAGGAACACAAGUACCGUAGCUGUGUUGAUAUCUGUUCAAGGUGAGCUUUGUGUUCGUGGGUACUGGAAUUGUCCUGGUCAGAUGUCGAAGGAUCAACUAAAUGAUUGGUUCAAGAGAAAGGUAGAUGAAAUCGGCUUGGCUGAUGUGAAAGAAACCCUUUAUUUCCCUCAGUAUGCAGGUUCUUCACUGUCUUGGGAUAUUCUUCCCGAUGGGACACGUUCUCUUUUUGUGCAACCUCUCGUAGAAAACACAAAUGAAUCGCAGAAAGUGGAUGGGUUUUUGAUGGUGGCUUCUACCGCUGGAUAUGCAUAUAGCGACAAAGAUAGAGCCUGGAUUGGAGCCAUUGCGGAGAAAUUUAGAGGAUGACAUGAGCUGUUCAUGAUAAUGCAAUCUUUGAUCCAUAUUUCUCAAUUGAUGAUUGGCGAAGCAUUUCAGUCUCUAGAGGAAUUUCUCGAGGCCAUAAACCAGAUUCUGUAAAACCAAACGAGAAAAUCGGCAUCAGAUACAGUAAGUAAGACGUCAAAAGAGUAUUCUCGCCUGCUUCCUUGUUACCUUGAGGCGUACCACCUUUCUAAUACCGAGGAGUAGGCCAGGCAUUAGAGACCUUACAUCAAUUAUAUCAUGUUUAACAGUGUAAACCUGCAUCCAGAAGUUUGUGUCAUUGUUAUGAGCUGUCCAUAACAUUAAAAUGGAGAUGGAAAUUUUCAGUUUGAAUUUGAACUAAACGGCAAUAUGUAUAAUUACUUCUCCUGGGCUUGAGAAGUAGACUUGUGUACUAGAUGGUAGUCCUGGUAGAACCAUACUGUGA